GGUUUGUGGUCUCGCGCGUGUAGCAUAGGUGACCGAGUCACGUGACUGCUGUGGUUCGAUCUGCGCUCCGUCUCUUGCCGGGGCUCUGUGUGAACGCGCAGGGCUUUGUUGCACGCACGCACGCCUCGGGUCGCUCGUCCUCAGUCAUGCCAUGGAUGCUCUGUGGCAGUACCAGUUCAGGAUCAUCCUCCUCGGGGACUCCACGGUGGGGAAGUCGUCGCUGCUGAAGCGCUUCACGGACGGGAUUUACAGCGACGUGGCGGACCCCACGGUCGGCGUGGAUUUUUAUGCGCGCUCGCUCGAUAUUGAGCCCGGGGUGAAAAUCAAGCUGCAGCUCUGGGACACGGCCGGCCAGGAACGGUUCAGGUCCAUCACAACAUCAUAUUACCGCAACUCCGUUGGAGGGCUGCUCGUCUUUGACCUCACCAACCGCAAAACCUUUGACCAUGUGAGGGAAUGGCACAAGGAGGUGAGCGAGCACAUCCUGCCUCACCACAUGGUCUACAUCCUCAUCGGCCACAAAAGCGACCUCCAGAAAGACCGCAAGGUGAGUCGGGAUGAGGCGGAGCAGCUUGCGGCUGAGCUGGGAAUCCGCUACGUCGAGACUUCGGCCAAGUGCAACAGCAAUGUGGAGCGGGCCUUUGAGCUGCUUACCAGAGACAUCUACGAGCUUAUGAAGAUGGGCGAGAUCGAGACCCGGGAUGGCUGGGAUGGGGUAAAGAGCGGUCUUACUGCUAAAGUCCUUUACCCAGGAGAGGAUGAAGAGGAACUCGCCACCGCGUCUGCUGAAAAGGGAUGCCACUGCUGACUGAGAACUUUUUCGUGCCCACGUUUCAACUCACCCAAAUCUCACCAUGUUCCUCAAUGUCCAUGGAAGCCAAACCUCUCAGGCUCAGCCCGCCGUGGCAUCACUUCCUCACAUUGUGGUUUUUGUGCCCUGUCUGUGUGUGGGUCGCCCUGACAGAUUGGAUUGUAGAAUCCCUGAUUGGCAUGAUGCGUCGUCUGUUGUAGCUAAGCCGUUUUGAUUCUACUUGGUCAACUGGAUCCGACCAGUUCAGGACUUUCUCUCUAGACACUGAAGGACGAUUCCUGCGGUGUGGCACCACAUCUCAUUCAUGCUAACAGUGUAUGUGAUCUUGUAGUCACAGUGUAAAUAAUACUAACAUCUUUGCGGUUUAUGAGGUCACUGGAACUUAUUUUAUCAGGUGAUGUGAACACGCCCUCAUCUGGUCUCACCACGUGCUGCUCCUGUUGCUCCGAGCUCUUCACUUUCGCCAAACUUUGUGAAAAAUAGAUAACUUUGUAAAUAGAUAAGUUCUAUCUUUAAAUAGAGAGAAAUUGCUGUAAAGAAGUGUUAAUAUAGUUACUCUAUAUUACCAAAAGUAUUUGCUCACCUGCCUUGACUCACAUAUGAACUGAAGUGCCAUCCCAUUCCUAAACCAUAGAGUUCAUUAUGAUGUUGGUCCACUAUUGCAGCUAUUACAGUUUCAACUCUUCCAGGAAUACUUUCCACAAGGUUGAAUUUUUGACCGUUCUUCCAAAAGUGCAUUGGUUAUGUCAUACACUGAUGUUGGUGGAGAAGGCCUGACUCUCAGUCUCCACUCUAAUUCAUCCCAAAGGUGUUCUAUGGGGUUCAGGUCAAGAAUCUGAGCAGGUCAGUCCAGUUCAUCCACACCAGACUCUGUCCUCCAUGUCUUUAUGGACCAUGCUUUGUGCUCUGGUGCAGUCAUGUAGCAGGAAGGUUCCGCUCCAAACUGUUCCCACAAGAGCAUGGAAUUGUCCAAAAUGUUUUGUUAUCCCGAAGCAUUCAAAGUUCCUUUCACUGGAACUAAGAGGCAAACAAGCCCAAUUCUUGAAAAACAACUUCACAACAUAAUUCUGCGUCCACCAAAUUUCACACUUGACACAAUGUAGUCCGUAAUUUACCAUACUCCUGGGAACCUCCAAACCCAGACUGGUCCAUCAGAGUUCCAGAUAGAAAAUCGUGAUUCAUCACGAUCCAGAGAAGGCUUCUCCACUGCUCUAGAGUCCAGUGGUGGCGUUCUUUACACCACUGCAUUAACGUGAUGUGUGGCUUGGAUGCAGCUGCUCAGCCAUGGAAACCCAUUCCUUGAAGCUCUCUGUGUACUGGACUUGGGCUAAUCUGAAGGUCACAUGACGUUUGGAGCUCUGUAGCAAUAGCAGAAAGUCGGCGAAAGACCUAAUUAUUUUGACCUGAUUCUGAUCAGUCGGAUGGGUGAGCCAAUACUUUUGGUAAUACAGUGUAGAUGGAUCUUUGUAUGCAGGUUUGGUGACUCUAUUUAGGUUUUUGUAAAUAAUACCACAGAGGUUCAUCCCUCACUAGAUCUUUAUUUUACACAAGAUGAAGGCAGACGGUCGCCUGGAGCUGUUGGUAAGCUUCAUAUGACACCAGAAAAGACUGAGGUUUGGAAUUCUGGGAAUCUGGAUCAUAAUCAAGCAUUAUUUUUCAAAUAUAAGACAUAAUUAAAAUAAUAAUACCAGAGAAAUUCAGCUGUCCAGCACUUUAUAACCUGCAGCAUUAAAUCACAGGGUUUCAAUCUUUUUUUUUACAUGCAAAAUACUGCAGAUAUAAUCCGAAUACAAAAAUCACUACAAGAACUUGAGUUAAUUUGAAAGAUUUUGACAAUUCCUACUGUUUUUAGGGACCUUUGACCAAAAAGAUUGAAGUGUUUGUGUUUUUCAGCAUUCUUCUCACUUCAUCCAGUUUCACAAUUUUUCAUUAUAAAUAAAGGAAAUCCUCUUCAACUUUCACAGGAUUCUGCUUGAGCUACAGGCUAAAAACUGUAUAAAUUUGCAGAAAACAUUGUAAACAAGGACCCAGAUAAGCGACCAUCUCAAUACUCACUGACUAACUAGCACCCAUGUGGUCUCGAGACCUUCUCAGAGAACAUUCAUGUUUUUUAAAGACUGAGGUAGGAGAUGGGAAGCUAGAAGCAGGACAGUUUUGGUCCCCCUGAUGUUAAAAAGCUGCUUCUAAUAAACCAUUUGUGUACGGAAAGAUGCCAAAACUCAAAAUACAUAAUCUCAACACCUUUCUAUGGAACCCUGGAGAUGACAUAAAAAUUAAUAAGUUGUUCCCUCAAAUUACCAUUUUAUGCACACAAAAUACAAAUUUAUAUGCACAACAUACUAACUUGUACACACGGUGCUAACCUAUGUGCACAAAAUGCUAACUUGUGUGUACAAAAUACUAACUUGUAGGCACAAAAUUCUUAUUUGUGCACACAAAAUAUUAACUGAUGCGUACAAAAUACUAAUUUGUAUACACCCAAUACAAGCUUGUGAAUGCUAACUUGUAAACACUCAAUGCUAACGUGUGUGCGGAGAAUGCUAACUUGUGGCCACAAAUCACUAAAAUGUGUGCACAAAUAACUAACUUGUACACAAACAAUGCUAGCUUGUGCGCGCAAAAUGCUAAUUUGUACAAACACAAUGCUAAUGUGUGCGCACAAAAUUCUUAUUUGUGUACACAAAAUCCUGAAUUGUACUCACACAAUACCAAUGUGUGCGCAGAAAAUGAUAACUGGCAUGCACAAAAUAGUAACUUGUAUACACACAAUGCUAGCUUGUGCACACAUAAAGUUAACUUGUACAUACACAUACUAACGUGUUUGCACAAAAUACUAACUUGUGUGCACAAAAUGCUGAAUUGUGUACACAAAAUUCUUACUUGUACUAACAAAUUAUUAAUGUGUGCGCACAAAAUGCUAACUUGUACACACACAAUACUAACAUGUCUGCACAAAUUGUUAAUUUGUGUGCACAAAAUAGUAACUUGUGCCCACAAAAUGCUAACGUGUGCACACAAAAUGCUAACGCGUGCACACAAAAUGCUAACUUGCACACACAAUGCUAACUUGUGUGUACAAAAUACUAACUUAUGCACACAAAAAAUAGUACUGCUUUGUGCACACAUAAUACUCAUUUUCUAACAAGGGAACAUUUUUUUAUGUUAUGUUCAGGAUUUUGUACUUUUUUAAAUUAUGAAAUUCCGAUGUGUGUCAUCAUAUCCAAACUUAACUCCACCCAAAGUCUCCAAAUCUUUCAAACCUGCAGCACAGAAGGCAACCUAUCAGAACGCCAUGGGGAGGAGAAUGAAGCUGUGAUGAGGGGCUAGCUUUAAUACAAGCAGGAAAUUGUGUCAACUUUUCAAAGGUUUUCUGAUUCUGGUGGACUUAACAGCAGAUUGAAAUGCUUCACCUCCUCCAGAACUUUCUCAACAGGGUCCAAUUUUUAAGAAAAAAGGAAGUUAAGAGGAAAUGUCAAAUGAUUCACAAUAAUGUGCUUCUUAUGUUCAGACGGCUCACCAUUCUUUAACUUCUUUGAUUUAAAGUUGAUCAACAAUAUAAAUUGAUAAAAGUAUCUUUGUUCAAAAAUCUGUUUGUGAAUUGAAUACCAUUUACUGUACAUAAAAACAAACAAAAAAUAGCGAAAACGGAAUUAUUCUAAUAUUCUUAAUGAACUUCUGAGGAGACGGGUCAAAGUCUAAAGCAUAUUCUCUUAGACAUCACAUAAAUCCACAAAUAUGACGGAAAAAAGUAAAACUAAAGUUUUUAAUUGAAAAAAAUAUAUUUGACAGGAAAAUGAAUGAGGCAAACCUCCAAAACACGUAUGCUAAUCAAACAUGGAUUUACUGUAUGAGCUAGCAUAACCCUUGAGCUGCGUGAGAACAUUUUAAAAACAUAUUUUUUUAAAUAAUAAAUAUUAUUUAAGGUAAUAAGAAAUGGAAUUAAUAUGUUCUCUUUUUUUUUGUUUCAGUUGGGCCAUUAAACGGAUAAUGAGCUGGCAACUUUUAGGAAAACUCACUGAGUAGCAGAUGUUAGCAUGCUACUCACUGCGAGUAGCAGUGCAUGAUGGGGAAUGAAGUCCUGUGGCACUGCACAUCACUUCUAAAAUCUUAUCAAGAUGUUUUAGUUUUCAUGAAACACAAAAGAUAAUUUAUUGUGUGUAGAAAUCUAAAACUUUUAAUAUUUUAUGGUGUUUUCAUGAGAUAUGAAAACUAGACUCUGACUUGAAUAAAUCUGAUUUUUAUUGGUGAGUGAAUUUCUCUUCUUUUAAACUCUGUUUUUCUGUACAGUAAAUUACAUUUAAAACAUGUUUAGAUCCAGAUUUCCUAAACAGAAGCUUAAUGUUACUCUUGGGUCUUGACAAUGUUUUUGUUCCUUCUGAUUGAAUGAUUUCUCUGCAAACUCACUCCUGUUCUUUUUGCAGAUCAAAAAUCCUGGACUUCAGUCUGGUUAUUUAUUUAUUUAUUUUCUUUUGUAUAGUUCAUCCAGUGGAAAAAAUGUCUUUAUGCAACAAGAAGGAAUGUAUUCUGACUCAUUUGCAGCAUCCCUUUAUUUUUACACUUCUCUUUAAAUUUAAACGGUUUUAACUCACGUUUUAUGCGUGAUCAUCUUCCAGGGCUUCGUGUCCAUAGAAUCGGCUGCUCCGCUGGAAAAUCUGGCUUUCUUUCCAUUUGAUUGAUUUAACUUUUUCUGUGUGCCUGCUCCCCUUUUCACUUGCAUCUCUCAUUCAGACAGAUUAUGUUUUAUUGCAGACCAGAGAACUCUGUUCUUCUGUAAACCAAAUGUUUAAGCCGCAUUUAAUGUUGUUUGAAGUAAAACUUCAUGUAGAAAAAUGUGCUGUUUUCUCUCAGUCUUUAAGAAUAAACUUGAAUUCUGCAGAGCAUGGACGCCUCUACCACAAACAAUACAAACGUUUCAUUAUUAAUUUGUGUUUUCUUUUUAUUUUUCUGUUAUAAAAUGCCGUUUAGGAGUGAAUUAUGACAAUGUUGCAUGUAAACAUUCAGGGACGACAGCUGUAAGAAGACAGGAGGGUAUGGUAAAGUGUGUUUUGCUCUGAUUACUUUAACUCUCUGGAUUUAAAGAAAAAAAACACAUGCUUCUAUUUUGAACCAUUUUUGCAAGUGUUUUAGUCUAUUUGUUUGUAAGUUUGUUCAGAACAGAGAAGUGUAGCUAUCAAUGACAUUCCACUGCAUUUUUCAAAUAAAUGUUUUUGUUUUAUAUAUAACACCAAUUCAGUAUUUGUCUUUUGUUUAGUGUAGUUUAUUGAAUGGAUGGAAAUAAGUAUAUUUGCAAUUAAACAGCCCAUGCCCUGAACGUGCACCAUCUCGUUUCAGAUCAGGGUUUUGUCUUUAUUUUUUAAUGUGCUUGUCCCAAGACCGGAAAAUGCAGAAGGUUGGGACAGGAAGAGCAUUCACUGUAAAGCUAAAUCAUAGACUGUAAAAAUAAUUAUUAUAGUUAUUUUAUAUACAGUCUAUGAGCUAAAUGCAGAUCUCAUAAUUCAUAACAAUGCAGAGAAAAGAUGAUGUUUGGCGCCACCUGCUGUCAGACUUAUCAAUAAUUCUUGCCCAAAAUAUAUUUUAGCAUUUACAACAAACGUGAGUGAAACAAAUUUAAACAUUGUGCUCGAAGGCAUCAUUAAUAAAGGUUGUGCAGCCCAUUUUUUUUUGUAUAUGUUUAAUGUGUUUUGUAAUUUACCGAGGCAUUACAUUGAUGAAAAAUAUAUAAAAAAAAAUAUUGUCGAAUUUAUUAAUUCUUUUUAACAUAUUGAUAUGUAAGAAAACCUUGAAAACUGCUGGGAGAAGCCACUUUUAUUUUUGAAUUUUUUUCUCAUACGUCUAAUACAGACAAAAAACAGAGAUUUUUCUUUUUCUUGUUUUAUCUACAUCCCAUAAUUGUUGUGGAUAUUAAAAAAAAUAAAAACAAAAGAAAUUAAGUAAGUCAAAUAAUACUAGUGACAAAAAAUAGAUUUUUUCAAUCAUAUUUUAGCUAAUAUUCUGCUUAAAAGAUAGGUGUUGUUUGAUAUUCUGACGAUUUUU